AUGGCAAUGGCAAAAGCAAACAAUAAAACACACUGCUUUACAUGUAAUAAAGAAAAAAUAACAUAUCCUUGUAGAGGAUGUUCAAAAGAAUUUUGUUUAAUACAUUUAACAGAACAUCAACAAAUGUUAAAUGAAGAAUUAAAUCAUAUUAUUAAUGAUUGUGACCAAUUUAAACAAACAAUUAAUGAGCAAAAACAAAAUCCACAGAGUCUACAAAAGCUUUCAUUAAUAAAUCAAAUUAAUCAAUGGGAAACAAACUCAAUUGAAAUAAUUCAACAAAAAGCACAAAAUUGUAGAGAAACUGUUAGCACAUCUUCAGAAAUAUUUAUUAAUGAUAUUGAAAUAAAAUUUAAUGAUUUAUCUGAACAAAUAAAACAAAUUCAUAGCGAAAAUGAAUUUAAUGAAAUUAAUUUAAACUAUUUAAGAAACCAAUUAAUAAAAAUUACAGAAGAAUUAUAUAAUCCAUCAAAGAUUUCUAUUAAAGAAGAUUCACAACCGUUUAUUAAUGAAAUUUCAAUUAUUUCAUCAAAAAAAGAACAAAAACCAAAAUGGGAUAAAUGGAAUCAAAAUGCCAUCACUGUGGCUGGUGGAAAUGAAAAAGGAGAAGGAUUAAAUCAACUCGAUCAUCCUGAAGGAAUGUUUAUUGAUAGAAAGAACAAUCUGUUUAUUGCUGAUAAUCUGAAUCAUCGCAUUGUUGAAUGGAAAUAUAAUGCAAAGCAAGGACAAAUCAUUGCAGGUGGAAAUGGCAAAGGAAGCCAAAUGGAUCAACUGAGUUGUCCAACAGAUGUGAUUGUUGAUGAACAAACUCAUUCGAUCAUCAUUGCUGAUUUUGAGAACAGACGAGUGAUUCAAUGGCUGAAUCAAAAUCAACAAAUUCUCGUUGAAAAUAUUGAUUGUCGUGGCUUGGCAAUCGAUAAACAUGGAUAUCUUUAUGUUUCUGAUUGGGUGAAGAAUGAAGUGAGACGAUGGAAAAUGGGUGAAUACAAUGAAGGAGUUAUAGUGGCAGGUGGAAAUGGAAAAGGAUAUAAACUCAAGCAACUCAAUUUUCCUAAUUUCAUCUUUGUUGAUGAAGAUCAAUCUGUUUAUGUAACAGAUGAAAACAAUCAUCGUGUGAUGAAAUGGAAAAAGAAUGCGAGAGAAGGAACAAUUGCGGCUGGAGGAAAUGGUCAAGGUGGAAAUCUCAAACAACUGAAUCAUCCUCAAGGAGUAGUUGUUGAUGAUUUGGGUCAAAUCUAUGUGGCAGAUUUUCAAAAUCAUCGAGUAAUGCGUUGGUGUGAAGGAAAAAAUGAAGGUGAGAUUGUUGUUGGUGGAUAUAGUGGAGAAAAUCAAUCAAACCAAUUGAAUGGUCUCUGUGGUUUAUCUUUUGAUGAUGAAGGAAAUCUUUAUGUUGUUGAAGGAAAUCUUUAUGUUGUUGAUCAUUCGAAUCAUCGAAUUCAAAAAUUUGAAAUAAUUUCGUGA